CCGCCCGCAACUUAUCCGAAGAAUCUCCUCGACUCCAUCUCGCCAAAGGCUCCAACUGUACGUCUGUACCCUACCGCUGUUACUCCCGCAUAGCUUCAGCUUAGCCAAGAGCUUUGCCCCCAAAUCCCCAUGCCCCAUAAUCCCACAGCAAUCUCGAAGACUUCCUUCCACUUCCGAGCGAUUUGAUCAGAGCCGCAACACAAGCACACAAAGCUCGCAUCUUUCCAUCUAGUUCUUUCAAAAUUUGGAACGAUUUUUGCGUUGAUUUGGUCAUUAUGAGCGGCAAGAACCCCAUCUCCGGCGCCGGUUUCUUGAAGCCGCUCGCCGGCGUCUUCCCCGGAUGUGUGCCCGGCGCCGGCGCCGUGUUAUUCCUCGUCGGCUCCGCGCUCGGCUUCGUGGCGGUGCUCCACGCCUCCGAGUCGGAGGAGGUCGGCGGCGAGUGGGCCGCCGCGGCGCGGUGGGCUGCUGCCCUGGUCGGCUCGGUCGGCGCCCACCACCUGCUUGUUGUGAUCUCGCUUCUUUUCUUGGCCACCAGGGUCUGGCGCCUCGGCAAGCGCUGUGACGUCGUGGAGGGGCUAGUCGGCAACGCGGACUCCGCGGUGCAGGCAUUGCGCGUGGGAGGCGCCGUGUGCGCCGUGUGCGCUGUGUGCGGGUCGAAGAUACAGGCCCUGAAGAGAGGCCGCCGGGGUGUGGAGCGCGCCCGCUCCAACUCCUCCAAGGGCCGCGCUGACAAGCCGGUCUCGAGGUCGCUGGCUGCUGAAUUGGAGCAGGAGGUUGACAAGGAGGAAGAGGACAAUGCGGGCGAGAUCAGCGAUUCAGAAGAACGGAAUGUGCAGUGGCUGAGGAUGCGGCUCAAGGAGGAGAAGCUGCUGAGGGAGGUUGCGCUGGAGGAGGUGGAGAAGGAAAGGCGUGCAGCUGCAUCCGCGGCGGACGAGGCCAUGGCCAAGAUCGCGUGCCUGCGCAGCGAGAAGGCGCUGGUGGAGAGGGAGGCGCGGCAAUUCCAGGAGAUGAUGCAGCAGAAGCAGAUGUAUGAUCGGCAGGUGAUCGAGUCGCUUCAGUGGGUGAUCAUGAAGUCUGGGAUGCAAUGCUGGGAGACCGAGGCCUCAUCUGAUCGAGCUGUGUCGGAAACAAGCGAGGAUGAUAGAGACAGUAAGUAGCUAGCUCCGGGUUCUUGGUGGUUGGAUUGGAUCGAACAAUGACGAAGGUCCUGGGAUGGGGAAGUGAUUGCCUUCCUGAAGUUCUUCAUGCUCUGAUCUGCUUUCUACAGCCAAACAGAGAAUAAUGCCCAAGUCUUGAUACUUGUUGAAUACUGCUGGGAGAACCAUCCAGUAUGCAGACCUCUUAAGCUCAAAUAUGUAAUAUCUACCUGUAAAUAUAUCAUCUUUUGUAAGCUACCUAGCUACUCGAUAUGAUUAACACCGGUACUAGAUUGUUCUC